AUGCGCCCUAAGCCAGUGUCGUCGCUGCAAAAGACCUAUGACGACUGUUAUUUGAUGUGCUCGACGGCCGUCUACUUCGAGGGUCAAAAUAAUGAAGACGAAGCCCUGAGGUCUUGGCGAUCCGCCCUGGAAACUAUAUACUAUCACAACGCCUACCGGCUGCCCGCGAGCUAUACCCCGAGUACUGAGACCGAGCGGGCCCUGCAGGAAUCUAUCCGCCAGCUAGAGCUUCAAUGUCGCGAGCGGGUUAACCUCCUCGACGCGCUUCGCGAGAGUAGGAAGGAAAAGGAUAAGGAUAAGGAUAAGGGCAAGGAAUCAACGUCGGCGUUGAGGAAGUUGAGGUCUCCGCCUACGCUCCGGCCGAAGAAUAGCGGCAACGCUACGCCGGGCUGGAUUGGGGACGGAACCGUUCCUGCGGUGGGGUAUACCGAUCUGUCGAAACCGCCUGCGAUUCCUCAACGGCCCUUGCCUGGUACCGUUGCCACUGCCGCUAUUGUCUCUGAUCAGACGUCACCUCCAAUUCGUCCGACGGCUGCAAGGACCGAAUCGCAAACCUCUAUCAAGUCGAGUUCUCGGACGCCGAGUCCUGAUCGCCGGAAGAUGCCGUCGAUGCCCUCUACGUUGCGCGACCCGGCUCUGAAGAAAAAGAAAAAGGAUACUUCGCGCCGGAAGGAUCUCCGUCCGGUUGCUGCUUCUCAGGCGGCGGGUCUGGCUUGGGGCUGUAUUCAGCGGACCCCCUCCUCUGAUAGAACGGCUAGUGAUGCUGCGGUAGCGUCCUCGCGGCAGAGUUUCUCGAAUGAUCUAAACACACGGAGAGAUUCUGAUACUCCGCGGAAUGACUUGCCUUCACCAGGAGGUUUGUAUGCUGCUGAUAAAGCGAGCAGUGAUGCCGCAAUUGCAUCCUCUCGACCUAAGCUAUCCGAGCGGAAGCACUCCGACUCGACCCGAGCCGCGCUCUCGCGUAUUUAUUCAGGGGAUAGCCAGAUUCGGAGAAGGUCUCCUGUUAAAGGCAGCCCGUCGUCAACUCCGGCAUCCCCGAAAUUAAGACAUCGUGAUCCUACGCAACCUCGAACCGAACCCAACAGUCGAACUCGACAAUCUCCGACUAAACUGGAGCCCAGAGACUCUCUCGCAAGUCUCCCUGCGAAGCCAGCUGUCAAACCCAAGCCAGUAACGCUGAAAGCGCCACAGUCUUUGUCAUCUGGGGCGUACUCGAGCUCUGAAACCUCAGCUCCCAGACCACGAGCUCCUGAGCGAGAUCGAGAUCGAGAUAUAGUCCGUGGUCUAGAUAAUAUAGAUAUUUCAGGGAGCCCAGUACGACGAAAACCGAGGCCCGAAAUCAAGCGCCCUAUUACACCACCUUCCAGUGAUCCAGAUACGCAAGGACGUAAGUCAAUCGAAGUUGCAGAAGGAGAUGACGCGGAGGAUGGAGACUUCGAGGAAGACUCGUUCAUCGAUGAUGUCUUGAAGAAAUUGCCGAGAGGCGUAGAUCCGAACGCGGCGCGCCAAGUCCUGAAUGAUAUUGUUGUUCGCGGAGACGAGGUGCAUUGGGACGACAUAGCUGGUUUAGAUGGUGCGAAGAAGGCAUUGAAAGAAGCCGUGGUAUAUCCAUUCCUCAGACCAGAUCUCUUCUCCGGGCUGCGUGAACCAGCCCGAGGCAUGCUGCUUUUUGGACCCCCAGGAACCGGAAAGACGAUGCUCGCACGAGCGGUUGCGACGGAGUCAAAAUCGACAUUCUUCUCUGUAUCCGCAUCGACACUCACUUCAAAAUGGCACGGUGAGAGCGAGAAGCUCGUACGAGCUCUGUUCGGCCUGGCCAAAUCAUUAGCGCCUUCAAUCAUCUUCGUUGAUGAGAUCGACUCGCUCCUUUCAGCGCGUUCGUCAGGAACAGAGAACGAGGCAUCGCGCCGGUCAAAGACUGAAUUCCUCAUUCAAUGGUCUGACCUUCAACGCGCUGCGGCUGGACGCGAGGCACCAAAAUCAGGCGACCCAAGUCGAGUCCUCGUCUUAGCAGCCACGAAUAUGCCUUGGGACAUUGACGAAGCCGCGCGCCGCCGGUUCGUUCGACGCCAGUAUAUUCCCCUACCAGAGCACGAAGUCAGAGGACAGCAACUGCGCAGAUUACUGGGCCAUCAAAUACAUGGCCUUGACGACGAGGAUAUUGAAGUUCUCGUCCAAGUUACAGAAGGCUUCUCAGGCUCCGACAUCACAGCUCUCGCUAAAGACGCCGCCAUGGGCCCCCUCCGCAACCUCGGCGAAGCCCUUCUCCACACUCCAAUGGACCAAAUCCGACCGAUCUGUUUCGCAGACUUUGAAGCCAGUUUGUUGUCUAUUAGGCCUAGUGUCAGUAGAGAGGGUCUGCGCGCAUACGAGGACUGGGCAAGACAGUUUGGUGAGCGGGGUGGAUAA